AUGGGUGAUGGUCCGCAUGCAGCUUUGGAAGGUCGAGGGAUGUUCCGUCGGUGGGCUCACGUUUUUGGUAAAAGUCAAGUGUUGUGUGUAGAUCUGGAAGACCAGAACACUAGAAUGAACUGGGUGCUCGACCGGAUUGCAGCGCAUCUGGGCGUUGAUCGAAAAGGUUUCACUGAUCAGCCUAGUGCCCACAAGCGCCUCAACGCCUCGUUCGACAUUCUUGCGCGGAACCAGAUGCGCUACGGCUCACAAGCGGUCAAGGAGAUGUGGGGCAGCAUCAUGGAGAUCCAGGCCAUGGAUCGUGAUAGUUUGACGUUAGAAGACCUGCGCUUAUUCUCAGAGUUGUGCGGUCAGUGA